GAAGAGGAAGAGGAAGAGCGUAACCUACAGCGAGAUCCCGGAGUCCAUCUUAUUUACACCGCAGUGCUAAGCUACUCAUCUGGGGCUUCUUUGGGAUAAAAAACACACCAAAACUGACAGCCGCGUCUCCAGAGAUGAGCAGCUCAGAGGAAGUGUCAUGGAUCUCCUGGUUCUGUGGACUGAGAGGGAACGAGUUCUUCUGCGAGGUGGAUGAAGACUACAUCCAGGAUAAAUUCAAUCUGACGGGCCUCAAUGAGCAAGUUCCUCAUUACCGCCAAGCCCUAGACAUGAUCUUGGACCUUGAACCAGAUGAGGAACUGGAGGACAAUCCUAACCAGAGUGACCUGAUUGAACAGGCAGCGGAGAUGCUGUACGGUCUCAUCCAUGCUCGUUACAUCCUCACAAAUCGAGGCAUUGCACAGAUGCUGGAGAAAUACCAGCAGGGAGAUUUCGGCUACUGUCCCCGAGUCUACUGUGAGAAUCAGCCGAUGCUUCCUAUUGGCCUCUCAGACAUCCCAGGAGAAGCCAUGGUGAAGCUGUAUUGCCCUAAAUGUAUGGAUGUGUACACACCAAAGUCAUCCCGGCACCACCACACGGAUGGAGCCUAUUUUGGUACCGGCUUCCCCCACAUGCUGUUCAUGGUUCACCCUGAGUACCGGCCCAAGAGACCCGCCAACCAGUUUGUCCCAAGGCUGUACGGGUUCAAAAUCCAUCCCAUGGCCUACCAGCUGCAGCUGCAAGCUGCUUCCAGCUUCAAGAGUCCCGUGAAGGCCAUCCGCUAGAGCGACCGGGACGGAGGAGGAGGAGGAAGAGGAGGAAGAUUCUGAAAGUAAAGACAAGGCAGAGUUAUAAGGAGAGGGCUCAUCUGCAGUUCCUUUUAGAUGACCCCUCCCCAGUAUGAAGACUGUAUUAUUUUGAUGUUAAUUAGCACAUAUAAAAAAAAAAUGGUAAAGAUUUCCGAGUGAGUGAGACAUGAAAUACAGACACGACCUUGAAGACACGCACACACAAAUAUUAAAAUGCAGCUAUACACUUGGUUUUCCACGCCAUACCAAACUCAUGUGCCAAAAAAACAGAAGAUGGGAGGAAUCAGAACAAUGCAGAGGUUUGUUAUGGCUGCUGUGGCUGUUGGAUCACAUUAAGAGCCCAGUGACAAGACAAGUUUCAGGUACUUGGCACUACUUUCUUUUUUUUUUCCCCCCCCAGCCCCUUUUGCAGAAAAAGUUUUAUUUCCAGAAAUAAGACAGAAAGCUAAAAGUGCAGUCAAGUAGUUCUGUAUUUGGCACAGUUUGGUGGAAUAUGGUGGCAAACCCUCCUCUCCCCUUUUGGCCCUGACGCAUGCAUGCACACUCAGGCUGGCGCUUGCAGAGACAGCUUGGAUCGCUGCCGCGGGUGUCUUUCUCUGUAUCGUUCACUUGUAAAAUUUGGUUUUGUGGGAUGUCUUGGCGAGCCGUCGUCGUCUGGAGCAUUUUGUUAAAUUUGCCUUAAGGUACAGAGAAACACCCGGAUUGUUUUUGCUUUUUUGGGAGGCAGAGUUUUCUUUUCAUUCAUUCCUUUCUUUCUGCCGUUAGAAGACGUAGAGUAGAAACGAGUCAAACGUGGAUAUGAAUUCAUGAAUCGUCAAACAAUUGUAAUAAGCCUGUCAUUUCUCCAGCCGUCUGCGCGUGUGUCAAACAGCGGGUUUGUACUGUCCAUCUUUCCCUCUUGCUUCAGUUCCGCUGCAGAAAUGGUUUGACACCAAAAGUGGAUCAGGCGACCUCUAGCAGCUGCUACCGUAGACUGGAAACGGAGAGAGAGCCGGCCUGGUUCAUUACAGCUUCUUACUAAUAAAGCUUUCUUUAUUUUAUGUUAUUAAAUGUUUGAAAGUUAAAAAUGAUAAAUGGUCAUAUCAUUGCUUAUGUGCUGAUGCUGUUCCCUUGCAUGAUGGACAGUGUUACAAAAAAACCGUUCUUGUCUUUUUCUAAUGAAGCAAAUAAGGUGUAAACAUGUACUUCAGGUGUGCUGGUAGGUUUUAAAGUUUACUUGUUAAACUUUAUUCACAAAAAAUGGAUUCCACCUGUCUCGUCUCAAAAAGUUGUUUUUUAAUGUUAUUUAUAUUUUGUCAUACAUGUUCAUAACCUGUUAAACAAGGCACACGUUUGUACACAUGGAGGUGUUGGUGUAAUUAACUUUACCUGAAGCCCACAAGAGGUUCAACACAUUUAACUUGUUCAUAAGUGGGUUUUGUAACCUCAUCAGAACCAGAACCAGGCCUGCUGUUUCUGCCGUUUCUGUCUGCUCUACCAGUCACCAGCGGUUGUUUGAACCUAGAAAAAGAGCCCUAGGUUUCGGCCCUUUCUCUGGAGCGUUCCAGCAAAUAUUCACCAGGUCGUCAAGCUGUUGCUGCAAAGAACAAGGAGACUCAGAGAUUCUUUUGACAAUCUGAAUCCUUCAGCUCAUUUUACUACUCCAGUCAUCGUCUAUCAGACCGGUCCAGAGAUGGCCAGACUACUUUUUGUUUUAGUUUCUGAAACUCCGGGACGGCCGCUCAACGUCUCUCCUUCCACUUCCCCUCCUCUCCUCUCUGUGUGACUGUCAUGAAUUUUGUUUUUUGGAGUUCAUGAACCAAGACAACGGUAUUUAUGUGUCGGGUUUUUAAACUGUUUUGUCCAUGUUGUCUUUGUGUGACUGUGGAAGAGUGAGCCGGAUUCAGAACCCAAUAAACUUCUAUUUUCUUUU